AUAGCGUAUCAAAUGUUUUUAAGUUAGUCAAACAAGUCUAGGCAACGUUAAAUACGUUUUAGUCAACUUUGCAGAUGUUUCAACCUCGGCAAAAAAAAAAAGAAGACGUUUAUUCGGUAAAGGGAUGUGACAAAGCGGAAAAGUCUCCCCCUGAAGCUAAAUGCUAAAAACACAAGGACGCUAGUUCGCUUGGGUUCCCCAAAAAGUGAAAGCCAAAGAAGUUUUCAUGUUGCUUCUGGGUCGUGAUUCCUGUUGGACUCCCACUCGACAAUGAGAGAGCAUGGUGCUUCUGCGAGAAGGGAUGUGUCCCGGACUGGAUGAAGGUUUAGUGCGCCGUUUGCGAAAUGCUCGCGUCAAAACAGUGGAAGAUCUGGUCUCGUCGGAUAUCGAGGACCUCGCACAGAAGUGUUCGGCGUCGUAUCAGGCUCUGAUAGCCAUCCGCAGGGUGCUGCUGGCCCAGCACGCCGCCUUCCCCGUGUCGGGAGCCGACCUCUACGACGAGCUCCUCAGUUCCACCGCCAUCCUCUCCACCGGAAGCUCCGCCCUGGAUGCGCUGCUGGAUUCGGGUGUGUACACGGGCGAGAUCACAGAGCUGGCAGGCGGGCCAGGAAGUGGCAAAACACAGGUGUGCUUGGGCAUGGCGGCGCACGUCUCGCAAAACCUGCGGCAAAACGUGGUCUACGUGGACACCACGGGGGGGCUGUCGGCCGGCCGCCUGCGCCAAAUGCUGCGAAGCCAGACGAGUAGCGACGACGAGCAGAUGGAAGCCCUGCAGAGGAUCAGCGUGCAUCGCGCGUUCGACAUCUUCUCCCUGCUCGACUGUCUGUACCGUCUUGGUGGCGACGGUCUUCGGCAGGAGGCGAGCGGUGGCUCCGUCAAGGCGCUGAUUGUGGACUCGGUGUCGGCCGUCAUCGCUCCUCUCCUGGGAAGCAGGCAUCAUGAAGGCAUGCACAUGAUGAGUCAAGUGGCCAUCGCCCUCAAGACCAUGGCCAAGGAUUUCAACAUAGCUGCUUUGGUGACCAAUCACGUGACGAGGAGCGAUGAGGGCGAGGUACGUCCGGGCCUGGGUGUGUCAUGGAGUCACGUCCCGAGGACCAGAGUCCUGCUGGAGCGACUCCCCGCCGCCGUAGGCCGACCCGCUCUACGCUCGGCGACCCUGAUCAAGUCUUCCAGGCGGCCGUGUUUCAUGCAAGCCGAGUUGGACCUCGAGUGUUGGAGUCGCUGCGAAAGUGCCACGUCUGGAAAGCGAAAGCUGGACACUGUAGACUCUUGACAGCCAUCAACUACCUCAAAAAGGAUUCUGGUUAGCAGGGAGCCACUACCCGCCUCUUGCGGAUGCACUCCCAGAUCCAGUUGGCCGACACCCGCUGGGCCCGGCCGCCGCCGCCGCCCACUUCCUCCUCCGCUUUGUCAGCCACCGUGUGGGUGGCCGAGGCGGCGUCGUAGUCGGCCACGAGGUCGCCGUCGUACGCCACGAAGUAGCGCCGCAGCUUAGCAAAGUCGUCCACGCCCGACGGUAGGAACAGCUUGACGCCGCUGAAGAUGUCCAGCAGCGUCUGCUGACAAAAGAAAUAAAAAGUGGCAGCGCGGGAACUAACAAGGUGCCAUUUUUGUACAUUUUUCCAUCAAAGUGGUUAAAAAUGCUCAUUUUUAUCCGAUUAUUCAAUGGGUACAGCCCUAUUUAACUCAAUAAGUGAAUUAUUUUCCAAUAACUAAAUGGGUGGUGAUUAGUGUUGGCCAUAUCAAAGCUUGAAUACUUUGAAAGAAACUUUAUUAUAUUUCCGACUGUAGAAUGAAAUUUUGUACUAAAUUCUCAAUUUAUAUUUUUAAUUCAGGAUCGUAAUCUCUUUGGGCAUUUUUUCCAUGAAUAACAUUACACUUGCUCAAAGCUACUAGAGAUUUUAACCCAAUUUUAUUAUAUAUAAAAAAAAAAAAAAAGAAUCAUUUUCCCAGUAAUAAAUAGUGGUGGUUAGUCAUGGAUAUUUGUAAUGUGAUGAAAGUCAAGUAAAGUCAAUACAUUGUUGACUUUAUUGACAUUUUUUCCAUCACAGUCAGUUUACUCUUAUUAUUCUUUUUUACCAAGAUCCAAUCAAGAUGUCUCUUACUCUUCCAAGUACUUUAAAUCAGUAUACAUUAUUUUUUCUUUGCCCUUUUUUUCUCCACCCAUGAAUCGCUUGACUUCAGACUUGCUCAAAACUACCAAAGGAAUACAAAUUAAAUCCACAUUGUAAAAGCGGCUUAGACGGACGGACCUUGUUGUUUUUGGACUCCAGCAUUUGCGGGGGAGGAGGAGCGACCAUCUUUGCCUUCCUGGCGUGUCCAUUGCUCUGCUCUCCAUUUUCACUCUUCCUCACCUGGGAGUUUUUUGUUUUUUUUUUGAAAGUCAAAAUUGUCACUGUGUGUUUUUUGUAAAGCGCAAACAAACAUGAGAUGGUACCUUCUUGGGGGCGGGAGCUUCGAGAGCGGGGGAGCUCGGCUCAGAUUUGACCACCUUGCGUUUGGCUUGGGUACGGUUCCCUGUGAACACGUCAUUGCAUCUAUAUGCAUGUAUAUACAUUGGAUAUAAAAAGUCUAUACACCCCUGUUCAAAUGUCUCUUUUGUGAUUGGACAAAAUUAAAAACUUUUGUGGUUGCAAAGGUGUGCACACCCUCAUCACUGAUAUACAAUUGUUCACAGAAUGACCACUUUAUGAUGUGGUAUUCUGUUAUUGCACAGAUUACAAUCAGACAAUAUUGCAGUCUUUCAUUAGAUUGCACUUGUGAAGUAUGCUGG